GCCCGUGAGAGACAGAGAAACACAGACGGAGCGGCUCGGCCUGGGGACCGGGAUACGGAGCUUGCGGGGAACACGCAUCUCAGGGGGGACCGGAAAAAGAAACGCACAGGGAGUGAACACGGACCGGGCGUCACCAGCCGGGGCUCGGGAUUACCGGACCGGCGGAAAAUACUAGAUCGUCACGAUGACAGCCGAGGAGACAAUCAACGUGAAAGAAGCAGAGAUCACAAAGCUGAUUCUGGACUUCCUCAAUGGCAAGAAGCUGCACAUCAGUAUGCUGGCCCUAGAGAAAGAGAGCGGGGUGAUAAACGGCCUAUUCUCCGACGACAUGCUUUUCCUCAGGCAACUGAUCCUAGAUGGACAGUGGGACGAAGUCCUUCAGUUUAUCCAGCCUUUGGAAUGUAUGGACAAAUUCGACAGAAAAAGGUUUCGGUAUAUUAUACUGAAGCAGAAGUUUUUGGAGGCGCUGUGUGUGAAUAAUGCAAUGUCAGCAGAAGAGGAGCCGCAGCACCUUGAGUUUACAAUGCAGGAAGCUGUGAAGUGCCUCCACAGCUUGGAAGAGUACUGCUCCUCCAAGGAGGAUUACAGCAAAUUGUGUCUCUUGCUCACUCUUCCACGGCUCACCAACCACGCAGAGUUCAAGGACUGGAACCCCAGCACGGCUCGGGUGCACUGCUUUGAGGAGGCCUGUGUCAUGGUGGCGGAAUUCAUCCCGGCUGACCGGAAGCUGAGCGAGGCCGGUUUCAAAGCCAGUAACAACCGCCUGUUCCAACUCAUCAUGAAGGGUUUGCUGUAUGAAUGCUGCGUGGAGUUCUGCCAGAGCAAGGCCACUGGGGAAGAGAUCACAGAAAGUGAGGUCCUCCUAGGAAUAGACCUUCUCUGCGGCAAUGGUUGUGAUGACUUAGAUUUGAGUCUACUUUCUUGGCUCCAGAACUUGCCUCCCAGUGUUUUUUCCUGUGCUUUUGAGCAGAAAACACUGAAUAUCCAUGUGGACAAGUUGAUGAAACCCAGCAAGGCUGCUUAUGCAGACCUCCUAACUCCACUCAUUAGUAAGCUAUCUCCGUACCCUUCCUCGCCUAUGAGACGACCACAGUCUGCUGAUGCCUACAUGUCACGCUCUCUCAAUCCAGCCCUUGAUGGCCUGACAUGCGGGCUGAGUGGUCAUGAUAAAAGAUCGGCUGACCCAGGAAGCAAGACGUCUUCCAUGUCCCACUCCUUUGCCAACUUUCACUACCCUGGUGUACAAAGCCUUAGUCGCAGUCUGAUGAUGGAAAGCUCUGACUGUCACAGUAUCUAUGAAGAGUCUUCAGAAAGGAGUGAAACCCCGCAGGAAAAGGAGAUCCCAAGUAGCAGCGAGACCCUGUGUCAGGACGCCAGCCCCAAAAAAGACCAAUGUAUUGCACCACCGAAUGAAGAGCAGAGUAAACCGGAGAGGAACGAGCUUCGAGAUUCCACAGAACAGUUUGAGGAAUAUUAUCGGCAGAAAUUACGCUAUCAGCAGCACCUGGAACAGAAAGAACAGCAGAGACAGCUUUACCAACAAAUGCUGUUUGAAGGAGGUGUCAACCAGCCAGAGGAGGCAGAGCACCCCCAAAAUCUCACCGAACAAUUUCUCAGCAGGUCUAUUAAGAAGUUAGGAGAGCUCAAUGUGGGGAUGGAUCCCCUUGGAGAAGAAAGUAAUGAAAUGACCAAACAGCACAACGGCCCUAGAGAAGGCAGCAUUGCCGCAACUAAUGGGCAUUCCCCUCUAGAAACGUCUUCCCUGCACAGGAGAAAUCCGCAGCCUGAUGGUCAGAGCAUUAAUACCAGCACCCCUCGGAAACAAGGAGGCAACAGCACCAUCCCAUUUCCUGAGGAGUCUCCGGUCUUUGGGAGUGGAAAUGCAAAGAAAGAACCAACAUUUGAAGAUCCAGUGGGUGCUGGAGCCAGGAAAAGCUCUGAGGACGGUUGCAAACAGAAACAGCAGUUUACCUGCCUCACUACCCUUGAAGACACACAAGCAGUUCGGGCUGUGGCCUUCCAUCCCAGUGGGUCGCUCUAUGCUGUUGGCUCCAACUCCAAAACCUUGAGAGUCUGUGCCUAUCCAGAUGUUUUAGAUCCCAGUCCUACAAACAGCCCUGUGCAGCCCGUUGUUCGGUUCAAGAGGAACAAGCAUCACAAAGGAUCGAUCUAUUGUGUGGCUUGGAGCCCAUGCGGCCAGCUGCUUGCCACAGGCUCCAAUGACAAAUAUGUUAAAGUGUUACCGUUCAAUGCCGAGACCUGCAAUGCAACCGGCCCGGACCUGGAGUUCAGCAUGCACGAUGGCACCAUAAGAGACUUGGCGUUCAUGGAAGGUCCAGAGAGUGGAGGUGCCAUAUUAAUCAGUGCUGGUGCCGGAGACUGUAACAUCUAUACAACCGACUGCCAGCGUGGUCAGGGUCUUCACGCACUUAGUGGGCACACAGGGCAUAUCUUGGCACUUUACACGUGGAGUGGCUGGAUGAUUGCGUCAGGAUCGCAGGACAAGACCGUGCGAUUUUGGGACUUGCGUGUUCCUAGCUGUGUGCGGGUGAUCGGAACCACAUUUCAUGGCACUGGCAGUGCCGUGGCCUCUGUAGCUGUGGAUCCCAGCGGUCGGCUACUUGCCACAGGCCAGGAAGACUCCAGUUGUAUGCUGUAUGAUAUCAGAGGAGGCCGCAUGGUACAGAGCUAUCACCCCCACUCCAGCGAUGUGCGUUCAGUCCGCUUCUCUCCCGGAGCUCAUUACUUACUCACUGGUUCAUAUGAUAUGAAGAUCAAAGUUACUGACUUGCAAGGAGACCUCACUAAGCCACUUCCAAUCAUUGAAGUAGGCGAGCACAAGGACAAGGUGAUCCAGUGCAGAUGGCACACGCAAGAUCUGUCCUUCCUUUCUUCUUCUGCAGAUAGAACUGUAUCACUUUGGACCUACAAUGUGUAGCCUGGAACUUUACUUGGGCCACGCAGGCGUUCUGCAAGAGGCUAGUUUUGGUAUUUCCCAUAAGGCUGCUGUGGCUGUGAUGCUUUGGAUUAACCCCCGUACUCCCUGACAGCAGUGCAACUCAAUCACUUGGCAGCCUCCAUACUUCAACUACAGCAUGCAGUUGUGGAAAUCCAAAGUUGGUUGUUCAUAGUGACUGUGCUUUGUAACAUAUGAAUCAAAGAGGUUGCAAGUGGUUGAAAUCUCUAGCUGGCCUGUCUAUUCUAGUUUCCGCAUCAUUAGGAAAUAUAACAAGCGAUGAGGAAAAAGGGGCAGGCGGCAGAAACCCCAGAGGGGCAUUAAUUGUGAAUCUCGAGAUGAAAAAGCACCAUAAAUCAAAGCUCUCACUGCUAGAUUAUUUUAGAUUUUGUAUUUUAUGAAUCCAUUUCUUUUUAAGCUGCACAAACCACAGGAUAAAAGUUUGUAUGCUGACCCCACAUGGACACGGAGGAAGAUGUAUACAUUGGCAAACUAACAAGUCCCAAAUGCUAUUGACAAGUUUGUAGGUCUUUCAGUGUACAUUUAGGAUGGAUGUGUAGAAUAUAAAUUGUAUAUACAUUGUGGUAUCAUAGACUUCCCCACAUCUGCAGAUGAAUGAUGGCACUUCUAAUGAUUAAUUUGCAUGUUGGGCCAGGUCAGUUGGUGGAGCGCCUGAAUAUAAAAUCCACCUUUUUGGUGUUAAUGUUAUAUUAGUAAUUUUCGCUAGCAUGAAGUAUGCAGAGGUCUCUGUGCGCUGCUUACUGUAAAUACAUAGGUCUGAUUCACUUUACUGAACUUUUUCAGUUUGGUCUCCUGCAUUGCCAUCCCGUGGCAAUCGAGGGGUUAAUAGGAGCCACAUUAAUCGCUGGAAGGCGAAGUUUAUGUCGUUUGCCGUUUUGUGUAAUCACAAUCUUAUGUGUGUCCACCCCACGAAAUUCGUUACGCCGCUACAAUUGCACACUAUGCUCCACCUGCACCCCUCUCGCUGAAUCACUUCACAGUGCGGAACUCCUGCUGUACAUGUGUGCACUUACCGUGUGUGAUGUUACGUGUAUUUAUUUAUAUCAGUUUUUCCUAGGCUUACAAGAGGAUGUUUUAAAAAGGGGCAAAAAAGGCGAAAUCUGCGGUAUAUUUUGCAUUGCAGAUCCCUUCCCGAAAUGAACAGACACUAAUAAAAUAAAA